GUUUGACAGGGUACCCUGUCAAACCCACCUAUCAAGCAAGAGUUCAGUGAGAUGGUCUGCUGUGCCGCAGCAUUGCAUACCCGACCAGGGGCAGCUUUGAUGACAAACGUGCUCUUCCUAAAUAACUGAUUCUCCUUAAAUAGUGAUCAGCGACCGUUUCACGUCCCUAACAAAGUCACUUCCUACGGACUAACAUUAUCUGCAGUCAAGAUUUCGUCGAUAUGUCAAGCCUCAGCAUCCCCGAACUCAUCAUUUCGACCUUCGCCAGGGGCCUCGAGACGUUUGCGCACGUCUUGGCAAAAUCGGAUGAGUGGGCCAAAGAGAACGGCGUUGACCCAGACUCAUUCGUCAAUCAACGUCUUGUUGAGGACCAACUACCACUCUCUUUCCAGGUACAGUUUGUGAGCAGGAUUGUCCAAACGAACCUGGGUCGCUUGUCUGGGGAGACGGCGACGUUGUGGGAGGAAGAUGAGAAGACAUUCCAGGAGCUGCGAAAGCGCAUUGAUCGAACGCUUGACCUUGUCAAGGCAUUCGACCUGGCAAAAGCACAAGCGACUGACUUUGGAGCGGAGUUCGACUUUUCUUUCAAAGGCGGGGACCAUAAAACUACACUUCAGGGUUUCUUUUUAACUCAUGUCUUGCCGAACUUCUUCUUCCAUCUCUCAACAGGCUACCAGUUCUUGAGGGCUAAGGGCGUCCCCUUGGGUAAAAAGGAUUGGCUGGGUGGUUUUCUAGGUAUAUAAUAUCACUUAUGCCACAUUGAUCGAGACUCAAUAUCAUAACUCAUUAUUCUGAUGA